UCACUCUCGUACUUCCGGAGGAAGCUAGUAUGAAGACGUUAAAAAAGAUCCGUGAUGUUAUAGUUGUGAUAUAUUUAUCUCCAUCGUCUAUUAUCAGCUUUGAAAAUGACUGAUAAGCACCAUAUUUCCAGUACAACACUCAGAAUAUUCAAACAGAAUAUUCAUAAAGAGAGAAGAAGAACAUUUUAUAUAAUUCUGCUUUUGGACAUAUGGAUAUACUCAUCUGGAGCAGCUGUGGUUACAGAUUGCCCUGGGGAAGUAGACUUACUAACGCAUGUUAACAUAACAUGCAACUUUGGAAACAAGCCUCUACAAGACAGCUUUCGCAUUAGCUUGAUACGGAGAAUAAAUUCAAGUGAUCAACGAAAGAAUGUCUUAACUUGUCAGUGGCAGGGGACAAAGCACUUUUGUAUCCCCCUGCGUGGAUAUGACUAUUAUACUCCAAUAACAAACAGUGUAGUUCUAGUCAUUAAAAAUGUCAGUUCCGAAAACCUUGGAUCAUACAUUUGUCAGAGGAUUCAGUCUGACGAGAGCGAUACACCUUGUGAAAUCAAGCUGAGAGAUCCAUUUGAUAAUGCAACUCAAGAGAUCCCAGGUAACCAAACAACAGAUCCAUUUGAUAACGCAACUCAAGAGAUCCCAGGUAGCCAAACAGCAGUGCCAAAGGAGGAGGCUAAAGACUCGCUAAACGUCGGUCUUAUUGUAGGUCUGUGUGUGGGCCUGCCUCUUGUUAUUAUUCCACUAUUUGCAAUAGUGUAUUACUUCAAAAUCAAGAAGCCUGGAAUAUCUAGCGAACAGGAAAUGUCCCAUGUGGACAGUAACAGAGAGAGAGACUCUGAGGCAACAAGUGUUUAAAGUUUCAUGCCCAAGAUGAUAAAAUGAAACGAAGAGAGAAUGGCUGCUAUAAGCACAUGAAACACAGCUGUCCUUAUUCAACAUGGAUGAAAACAAUUGGGGAAGUGUGUCACAAAUUCCAAAGUCUCAUGAUUUGUCAGAUAUAACCAGCACAAGGCUAGGCCUGUAUUUAGAAGAAAAUCUUUGAUGUUUCACAAGAAAUCAUACUAAUCAAAGAGGGAUAUAUACACAGAGAAAUGAUUCAUCUUAAAUCUGACUGUGAUCACCUUCCUUAGAUUAAUGUUAUCAUUGGUUCUGAAGUGCUUUAGCAAAUGGCCACCAAAGAGAAAACUCAGCUGCAUGUGCCAAUGUUAAGUUAAUUAUUAUUGAUAUGUGUUUGAAAAUCAUCUUGAUCAGAUUCUGUCUUGUGCAUCUUAUGGACAAAAUGUGCAAUCAUAUACAUAAUGUUUAGCUGAUGCAGGAAGGUAAUAUGAUAUUUCCUUUUUGCAUUGGCUAAGCAAUCUGUUUCUUUGAAUUCUGUGCCAUUGUAAUAUUUUUUAUUACAAUUAUUUAAAUUUUUGGCAUUGAAAUAAUUUUUACAAGCUUUGUAUUGCAGCUACAAGUAAUUUUAUUUUCCGUCUUCUCAGAACCUCUAGAAAUAUGACAUUCAGUGAUGUAUGUUCACAAUCAUGCAUCAUUCUCCAGCAUUGUCUUUAGCCUUGUCGUAGAAAAUUUAUGCUUGCCAUUUUGGAUUGCCUGUUUUUUACAUGUUUGGCAUGAUACCUGAUUCAUUGCGAAAUAUAGAUUAAUAUUAUUUAUUUAAUGAUUAUAAAUUAGAUGACACAAUACAAAAUGUUCUCAUUUGUUUUUGUAAAUGCUAAAAACAGCUAGAUAUUCAAGUCAUCAAAUAUUUUAAAAAUACUCAGAUAUUGUACUAGUCAAAUUAGGUAUUAAUUGGAAAGCAAAAGUAUUUUUGUCAUAUGUCAUUUUGUUAUAUGAACGGGACUUUAUAUUUUUAGAAUGGUCUCAUCAGAUUGGUCAUUUAAAUAUUUUACUUUAAUUUUUUCAAAGUUCAAAAAAAUGUAUCUAUGUUAUUCUAACUGAUGAAGUUUUGCUUGUAGUUAGUCAGGUUCAGACUGUUAAGUGUUGAUUGUUGUACUGCACUACCAUCAGUAUGUGUGUAACCUUACUUAAAUGGUAUGUAAAUCAAUUCUUGAAAAGUGACCAUUGUAUGUUGUAUUUUGUAUAACUACUUUGUUAUUUUGGAUCUGAUUUACCCAGAGAUAUUUAUUUUUCUUGUGGUCUUGCUUGGUGUGAGACGUAGCUCAGUUUGCUGAGGAAAAGUUUACUCCUUUUUGGUCUGAUUGGUGGGGGGAAGGAGGAUGCAGGCUUAAGGAUCUGGAGGGAUGCAGUAGGUGACAAGGUUCUCCACAAUGGCCUUUGUUAUGAAUCAAUAUUUGGCCUUGAAUGCCUGGAUCCUUUUUUUGUGUGUGUGUAAGAUGCAGUUUUCACUGAUUGCACAUGUCAUGUAUAAGUCAGUACAUGUUAAUAUUAAUGUUAAUGUUAAUGUUGACAUGCAUAAGAGUCAACUUUUAAAAAAAUUUUACCUCCACAGAACAGAAUAUGAUCAUACUACAUUUUACCAUGCAGAAGUCAUGUAUCUACAGACAGCAUUUACUAGUCCCUGAUUUACAUUAUGUCUGCCUUCAUGAAAGAACUAACUUGUUCAUGGUUUUAUUCUGCUUGCAGCAAGACUUUAUAAAGUCAAAAGCCAUGAAUGUAGCCAUUAAAUGGCUUUUAAUAAAUGCAUUUGUAUUUUGAUUAACAAUCAUCUUUUAUAGGUUUAGCAAUGUGUUAUCAGUCUAGUGACUAUAUACUCCACUCUGGUGGUGACAGCCAGACAUAAUGAUCUGUAUUGUAUUUUCGCGCAUUUAUUUGAAACUAUCAUAGCAAGCUUGAUACAUGUAACUUUUGAAUGAAUGCUUACUUGGAAAUGCCUGAAGCAUUUAUUGUCUUUUAUGAUCUAUCACUAUGCAUUUUGUGGGUAAUUCUUGCAUUUGUGAAAGCUUUGGUUUCCUAGUAUCUGACACACAUUCCUUUCACCAGGUGAUGCAUUCAUAGGCACACACAUGCACGCGCACACACACACCUAGAGAGACACAGAGGCAUGCAACAUGUUCAUAUUCUUGCCAUACACAUCUCCAGACCACACCCUGCAGAGCUUGAAGAGAGUAUAUGCUACUCAUUUUAAACAAAGGCAACAUAUUUGGAAUAGUAAUGCAGACAUUGAAAAAUUGACUCUUGCUUUAAAUGUUAACUUCAAUCUGAAAAGCAAUUUUAUGGAAACUUAGUUUACUCAGCUUAUAAAUAUUGAAAUAAAAUUCUAAAAACGCCA